AUGGCAAGACAUGCUCCGACGGACGAUGUCCUACGCAACGCCUUUAGCAUAAUAUCAUCACUGACCGAAGAAAAACUAUUCUCCAAUGCUUGCACAAUACACGAGCAUUGCGAAGGCAUCUGUGAAAGCCUGUCGAACGACCUGGAACUGGUGUUUGGAGCAGAGGUCGAUUUCGGGGACCAGAUCAAGGGUGUUCCAACGAAGGGCAACCGAGGACCGCGAGAUGAAACCUGGCUUGAAUCACAAGACCCCCCGUUUCCACCUUACGAGUAUGAUUCAAUCAAUUCCGAAGCGGGGACAAUUCGUCUCCUGCGUGUGAACCGGGCUAUCUACCGGGCCGACGUCCUGGAAUGUGAAUUGAUAGUUUGCAACAUCCCGAAUAUCCCAGCGUACGACGCACUGUCAUACUGCUGGGGUCAGCCACUAUUCGAUCACAGCCUUCUCUGCAAUGGCCGGCGCAUGAACAUUGGCAAAUCUCUACAUGCAGCACUGCAACGUUACCGGCAAGCUGAAGAUAGCGAGAAGCAAGAGUACCUCUGGGCGGAUGCAAUCUGCGUUAACCAGAAGGAUACGUCCGAACGGAGUCAGCAACUUUCACUUAUGCGGCAAAUUUAUGAGUCUGCUCAGACCGUUCGGGUCGAUCUUGGAGACGCUCCAGUGACCGGAUGGUCUGAGGGAUACAAUUUGUGCCAAUUGCUCGACGUUGCCGAGCAGGAGGCGGGCCUCAUGAGAGAGCUGCAAAGCACCCAAGGCAGGGACGAAAUCACAACGGAGAGGAUAUUAGAGCGCUUUGGUCUGCCUGCUAUGGGCGAUCCUCCUUGGAUCGAUCUCUUGCGACUAUUCGAAUCACCAUGGUGGACUCGGACAUGGACUGUCCAAGAGAUUAUCAUGGCCCGCAGAGCCAGGCUGUGCCUAGGAAUUUUCAUGGUCCCAUGGAAGCAAUGUUGGACGGUGGUGCAAGUGAUCAAACGCCUUCAACUGACGAUUCCUACAGAAUCUUUCCCAAGCUUCGCAGCAACUGUCGGCUUUCUAAACUAUGACAAGAUCAGAAGACUAUCGCAGUGGAAUGCAUGUGCUCGCACGCAUUACGCCCCGCUCCUUGCGGUGAUGCAUGCAAAAGACUUCGAUGUCUCCGACCCGAGAGACAAGAUCAUCGGGCCGUUGACUCUGAUUGACGAAAAGCCAGCCGCAGGUAUUUCGCCGUUCUUACCCGACUACAGCCUAAGCGUCGGAACUUUCUAUCAGCGUUUCACCAUCCACUUGGUGGAACUCGGCCUCGGCCACCAUUUCCUGGACCUUGCGGGUUUGCACCGGAGACUGACUGGAUGGCACAAAACAAGUACGACGCAGUCCAAUACUUUAUUCGCUGAUUUGCGUAUUGUACCAGCCAAGCCAUAUCAUGCUAACGGACGGACGACUUUCCGGCGGGUUUUAGCUCCGACUGGUGACGGGGUCAACGCAGACACCAUGAUCGUGAAUGCAACAAUCCUAGACGGCAUCAAGGCUAUGACUGGUGUUCUAAAUGUAAGUGGUGCUAAAACAUGGCAACAAGGUGUCCAAAUUAUGUCUCGCACAAAACUAGAUUGGAUUCGUGAGGCCCAGAAUCUGGUAUUCAAAAGUGAAGGUGUGAUAGCAGCAACUGGCCGGUAUUCCGACCUACCAGAAGCCUUUGCCUGGACAACAUUAGGAAAUGGUCAGUAUGCCGGUAACAAGGCGAGGGAAGGAAAAGCGUUGAUCGAGAAUCCGCACGAUGCUCUUCGAAAAUUGCAGGCGCACCUCGAUCAAGUGGCAGAGGGUGCGCCGAUACGCUACUUAGAUUCUGCCAACCCGGUCCUCGCCGUUGUGUCCAAGCAAACGACGUCCGUGUGCAACGGGCGGAAGUUUGCCGUCCUUGAAGGCGGCUGGAUAGGUCUUGUGCCAGAGUGUGCAAACGAGGGCGAUGAGGUGUGGAUCAUCCAUGGGUGCCCAGUUCCCUUUCUGUUAAGACGGACAGGCACAAUCAUGCCUGACACUGGCAUUCAACCGAGGCUACUUGUCGGUGAUGCAUACGUGCAUGGUGUCAUGGAAGGUGAAGCUCUUUUCGGAAACAUUUGA